AUGGAAAAACUUGGAGCAACUCAUCCUGAUACCUUGACAGCCAUGCAUGACCUGGCACACACACUUCAACAGCUGGGCAAUCUGAAGGAAGCAGAGAAUCUGCAGAUACAGGUCCUGGAGGCAAGGAAGAGCAUUCUGGGUGAUGAGCAUUCUAGUACCUUGACAGCCAUGCACACCCUGGCAUACACACUUCAGCAGCUGGGCAAUCUGAGGGAAGCAGAGAAUCUGCAGACACAGGUCCUGGAGGCAGAGAAGAGGAUUCUGGGGGAUGAGCAUCCUGAUACCUUGUCAGCCAUGCACACCCUGGCAUACACACUUCAGCAGCUGGGCAAUCUGAAGGAAGCAGAGGAUCUGCAGAAACAGGUCCUGGAGGCAUCAAAGAGGAUUCUGGGUGAUGAGCACCCUCAUACCUUGACAGCCAUGCACACCCUGGCAUACACACUUCAGCAGCUGGGCAAUCUGAAGGAAGCAGAGGAUCUGCAGAAACAGGUCCUGGAGGCAUCAAAGAGGAUUCUGGGUGAUGAACAUCCUGAAACCUUGACAACCAUGCACAACAUGGCAUGGAUCUGGUAUUACCAGGGUGAUAUUGACAGGGCCAUUGAUUUGAUGAAAGAGACAAAUGUCCUUGACACAAAGAUUGGGAUUGACCCCUGGAACACACCCGCUACCCUGGCUAAGUGGAAGGCAGAGAAGGCAGCUCAAGAACAAAAUGAAUAA